GUCUCUGACGUGACAGCAUACCACCAUCUUGGGAUCUGGAGCCGGUGUCCCAGGUUCGGGGGACUCUGUCGGUACCGGCACGGGUCUGCGCCGCGCAGCGAGGACGCGGGGUGUCUCGACUCCGCCAUGGUGAGCGCGGCGUCCCCGCGGAGCCGGCGGCUGCAGAGUCCGAAGCCCGAGCCCUCCGCACCCCAGCUGUGGGGUGGGGGCUGGGCCCCCCGAGUGUCCUGUCGCGUCCCUGGUCCUCGCGUGGGGACUCGAGUCCCGCCGCUGUGCUCUCCCUGGCUGGGAUACUGGAGCGCAGGUCACGGUCCUUGGACCGAAGUCCCCCGCGGGGUUUGGGGCUUGCGGCACAUUCUUGCAACCAGCUGUUCUGAAAGGACUUGUGUCAGCUGGACAGUGCCAGCAACCGACCCCCCAGGUUACCUGGCCCCAGUGAAGGGUUGCCCCAGGAUUUUCCUGGCCCCGCGACUCUGCACGACCCAGCCCCAUCACCUUCAGCCCUGUAUGCCCCUUGCUCUGUGGCUUGUUUCUGAAUUUCAGGAUCGCACUGAAGGGUGUUCUUAACUGUACUGAUUUUAGUAUUUAGUUUUUAACUGUACUGAUUUUAGACGCUAGUCCCUUGAUUUCUCACCUUUUCCCCUCAGGGCAUGUAUUUUCUUGGGUCCCGUUCUCUAGGGCAUGGGUUGGAAUCUGAGUACCUACCUAUUCUCUGAAUACCUUACGUUCUCUGUGAUGGAGCCUAGGAAAUGCAUACUAGGGAAGUGGCUCUGUCGCCAGCCCAGCCCCCACAGAACAGGAAUGUCAAUGCCUUGGGCUGAGAAUCUAGGUGUCCAGGUUUCUUCCCAGAGGCAAAAAAAGAAUUGAAGACCUAGGGACCGAGAAAGUAGAGAAAGGUAAACCCCUCACCUCUGCAGAGGUGACAACAAGCAUCUCUUGAAGCAGAAAGCCGCCUGGCAGGCGGAGGGGAGGGAUGGAUCUCCCUGAGCACAUGAACCAGCACUCUGCUUCCCUGGCCGUCUUUCUUUCCCCACCUCUGUUUGCAUUUCUCUGUUGGCUGUUCUAUGAAGCCUAGAGCCAAUAGCUCUCCUUGCUGCGACUCUCAACCCUAAGUAGAGAUGGGAUAGAGGCUCUCUGGACACUUUACUGAAUGAUGUAGACUCGAGUUUUCCUGGGAAAUCCUCAUGACAUACUACUUCCAGAAGGCCCAAGGGAGGAACUCUAUUCCCUGGAAGCUGGAAAUGGGCACUGCAUGACCAAACCAGAGCUCAUCUUUGAGUGGGAGCUUCGAUUUGGACCAUGGACCACAGCAGAAGCCUCAGUUGGAUGCGUGUCCGGAUCAUCUUGAUCAAGAGGCACUAAUGCCAUCUCUGUUCCCGCUGACAUGCUGCUGCCUUGAGAACCAUAGUGAGGACGCUGGGUGUCCUGGAAUCUGGAAAUGGUGUUGGUGUCAUUUGAGGACGUAGCCGUGGACUUCACCUGGGAGGAGUGGCAGGCCCUGGACGCUGCUCAGAGGACCCUGUACAGGGACGUGAUGCUGGAGACUUACAGCAGCCUGGUGUCCUUGGGGCACUGCAUGGCCAAACCUGAGCUGAUUUUCAACUUAGAACAGGGACUCGGGCCACGGAGCACAGCAGGAGCCUCAGUCUGGAACCUCUCAGGUGUCAACAAAGUGAGUAGCCUGGUUGAUACCAUCCAGGAAAAUGAUAGCAGACAUUUCUGGCAAAUUGAAAUCAACAGCCAUACAGCAAAUGAAGAACUGGUUGAAGUAGGUAAAAUUGAUGCAGAACUGAAGAUUCAUGAGGAAAUCCACCGAGGGGCCAAAUCCUAUGAAUGUGAAGUGUGUUUGGAAGCAUUUUACCUGAAGCCACAGUAUAGCACAAAGCAGAGCUAUCACACAUGCGAGAAUCCAUGUGACUGUAAGAAGUGUAGAGAAGCUUUCUAUCCUAAGUCUACCCUCAGUCAGUAUCAGAGGCUUGAGAGAGGUGAGAAACCCCAUGCGUGCUUAGAGUGUGGGAAAUCCUUCUACUGCAAGUCUCACCUCACUGUGCAUCAGAGGACCCACACCGGUGAGAAGCCUUAUGACUGUAAAGAGUGCAGGAAGGCUUUCUACAGCAAAUCCCAGCUCAAUGUGCAUCUGAGAAUUCACACCGGUGAGAAGCCUUAUGAAUGUAAAGACUGCAGGAAGGCUUUCUACCGCAAUUCUGACCUCACUGUACAUCAGAGAACUCAUACAGGUGAGAAGCCCUAUGAAUGUAAAGUCUGCAGGAAAGCUUUCUACUGCAAUUCACAGCUCACUGUACAUCACAGGACUCAUACAGGUGAGAAGCCUUAUGAGUGUCAAGUAUGCAAUAAAGCUUUCUACUGCAAGUCACAACUCGCUGUACAUCACAGGACUCAUACGGGCGAGAAGCCUUAUCAAUGUAAAGAAUGCAGGAAGGCAUUCCAGUGUAGGUCAGACCUCACUCGACAUCAGAGAACUCAUACUGGUGAGAGGCCAUAUGAAUGUCCCGAGUGCAGGAAAGCUUUCUACCGCAAGUCAGACCUCACAGUACAUCAGAGAACACAUACAGGGGAGAAGCCCUACGAAUGUAAAGAGUGCAGGAAAGCUUUCUACUGUAAUUCACAACUUACUGUACAUCAAAGACAACACACAGGCGAGAAGCCUUAUGAAUGUAAAGACUGCGGGAAAGCUUUUCAGUGCAAAUACGAACUCACUCGACAUCAGAGAACACACACAGGCGAGAAGCCUUAUGGAUGUAGAGAGUGCAAGAAAGCUUUUUACACCAAGUCAGAUCUCACUCGGCAUCUAAAGACUCACGCAGGGGACAAACCCUGAAGAUAUAGAGCAGGGUAAUACUUAAUAAGUCCGUUCUUAACUAGCAUCAGAGAACACACAUAAAAUUAGACUCAAUCUCAGAGAAUUUCUACUAAUUUAAGAAGCCAUUGAUGUAAGAAAGGUCUCUAGCUCAUCUCCAUGUAUAGACCUAUCUAUUACUUUAGGGAAUGUGAAAAGACUGUGUGUGGUCAAAUCUUUUGUGAGAUCAUUUAGUAUAUACAGGUGAAUUUCCCUUUGAAUAUAAAGAAUACUAAAGCACUUUUUUUUUUCUUAAAUUAUAAAGCACAUUCAAUGGCAGGAAAUCUCAUCCAGACUUUAUCAAUAUAUAUGACAUGGAAAAUGUUGAUACCUAAGUCAUGCCUCAGUCUACAGAAAACCUCAUAAAGUAGUGGCGCACAGCUAAUGAUUUAGCCAGGCACACCUUUGCAUUCUGACCCAUGUGAGUGAUCUUGGCAAGACUCAUUUGGACUUGAUGUUUAACAGCACAGCAAGACACAAAAUCAAGGCGGAGGAAAUCUCGGCAUGGAGGUGCUCAGCUCUCAUCCUAGCACUCGGGGCAGUGUCAGAUGCAUCAGUGUGAGUUUGUGCUGACCUCUUCCAAAUAGAGUGUUCUGGGCCAGCUAGGGAUCACAGUUAAAUCCUGUCAUGAAAAAAGUGAGAAAAUGUUAAAUGGCAAUAAAACCCAUAAGAAAGAAUAUAAAGGACCUUUUAAAUAGUACUUGAAACUCAACUGACAUCAGAAACACAACAAAAUACACUAAAGCGUAGGAGUGUGAUACAGGAGUACAGGUGACACCUUACAUCAUCAUAUUACAUCACCAUGUUACAUCAUCAGGAUGAUUGCAGUAUUUAGUUGUGGACACACACAGUAGGAACCCCAUCAGUCUAUAGGUUAUAAAAGCUGCACUCACACUUUAGCAAGCAUGACAUCAAGUAUGAAAGUGAAAACACAUUUGAAUGUAAAAAAUGAGCUUGAGUGUGGCACGGUCACACAUGCUUGUGAAACACACACAUUUCCUGUUCUUCUGGGUUUGAGAGUUCUUACACAUCACCUGGAGUUUCAACAUUCAUGCCCAUGAGUCCAUUUUUGGAGAAUAUAAAGCAAUUCUGAAGAAGUUGCAGCAAAUUGAUCAUGACUUUUUGAGUGCUGUCUGUAAAAUCACACCUUGUUUCAUAAGACAAGUUCUACAUAUGCAGGCCAGGCUGACUAUGAAUUUCUUGUAUCAUGGGCAGUUCUCAUAUUCACAGUCAUACUGAUGCAGGCUCUUGAGAUCUUGGAUUAGAGGAAUGGUCUUCCGUGCAACUUUAGUAUGUGACAUUUUCAGUGAAAUUUCAACAUUUUUAUACACCAAAAAUUUGGGGGAGAAAAUUCAGUUUAUGUAACUUGCACGUUAAUUUCCAGAUGGAAUUGUCUGCGAUGGCAUUGGAAAUGAAGCAGCCAACUGUAUUCUACCAAAUAAACACAAUGAUGUUUCUA